GCGUGUUUAACGUCGACUCAUACAAGAUUAUUAGUUGGGUGUGUUUUCACCCAGACCCCCUGCUGUGGACAGUAUAAAAGUUAUCUCUUUGCAUGUGGGGGGUUAUUUAGCGAAGAGGCUAAAGGCUAGGUGGCUAAAGACUAGGUGGCUGCAUUGGUUUUCAUUCAUUUGAACUCCAUUACCCACGAUUCUCCCACACAGUCGGGGUCAAAACAAAACCGGCAAGCAAAAGACAGCAGUGUGGAGAACCUGGUGAGUUUAUGUAACCAACCUUACAUGUCAACGCGUCGGCGUGGAAGCAGUGCCUUCGAUGGCUGGUCCUCUCCUCAGGGUCUCCACCCUUGCUACAGGAGUGUUGGCCUCAUCUGGACUUUAUCUGUACAGCCGAAAACUUGACUUCAAUGACCUAAGUCUCGUCCGCUUCAGCAGAGCUGCAGCUAUCACAGCAGCUAUCAGCUAUGACUAUUUCACUGCCUUCAAACAUGUGGAAUACGGUACAGAGGAGUACUGGGAUCUCAAGUCCAAGGUCCACCAGCGGUCAGCAGAGCGUCUCCUAGAUUUGUGCUGUGCCAACCGUGGCACUUUUAUCAAGGUUGGUCAGCACCUCGGUGCCUUGGAUUACCUACUGCCCAAGGAGUACACGUCUACUCUUAAAGUGCUUCAUAGCAGAGCUCCUGAGAGCAGCACGGAAGAAAUCCAGCAGGUCCUCAGAGAAGACCUUGGCAAGGAGCUGUCAGAGUUAUUUGUCUCCUUUGAGGACAAGCCUCAGGGUACAGCCUCUUUAGCCCAGGUCCAUAAGGCUGUACUUCAUGAUGGGAGGACAGUGGCCGUCAAGAUUCAACACCCUAAAGUCCAGGGACAAAGCUCCAAGGACAUAGUUGUGAUAGAGGUACUGGCCAAGGCAGUUCAUUGGCUGUUCCCGGACUUUGGCUUCAUGUGGUUGGUGGAAGAAGCCAAGAAGAACAUGCCUCUGGAGCUGGACUUUCUCAAUGAGGGCCACAAUGCAGAGAAGGUGGCCAACAUGCUGGCUCACCACUCCUUCCUCAAGGUUCCCAAGAUCCACUGGGAUCUGUCCACAAAGAGGAUUCUGACGAUGGAGUUUGUUGAGGGUGGACAGGUCAAUGACCUGGACUACAUGAAGAACCAUGACAUCAAUGUUAAUGAGAUCUCUGAAAGUCUGGGCAAGAUGUACAGUGAGAUGAUCUUCGUCCAUGGCUUCGUUCACUGUGAUCCACAUCCGGGCAACGUGUUGGUCAGAAAGUGUCCCCGGAGCAGGAGGACAGAAAUCUUCCUGCUGGAUCACGGCCUGUACCAGAACCUGCAGCCAGAUUUCAGGCUGGACUACUGUCGACUUUGGAACGCUCUCAUCAGCAGGGACAUGGCCAAGGUGGAGCGGUACAGUCGCAAACUGGGAGCAGGAGAUUUGUACCCGCUGUUUGCCUGCGUACUCACUGCCCGCUCCUGGACUGCAGUGAACGCUGGCAUCAGUGCCGUGCCCGUCACACUCUCUGAGGAUGAUGAGAUUCGAAGCAACGCUGCUCAGUACCUGCCUCAAAUCAGCGAGCUGUUGAAUCGAGUGCCUCGUCAGAUGCUGCUGCUGUUGAAGACCAACGACCUGCUGAGAGGCAUCGAGACCACUUUAGGAACCAGAGCUUCAUCCUCGUCUUUCAUCAACAUGUCCCGCUGCUGCAUAAGUGCGCUGGCCAGGGCCAGGAGAGGAAAGGCUGAGUCCAGGAUGAAGCGUCUGCAGAUAAGGCUGACAGAAGCUUUCAGCCUGUGGACGCUCUGUCUGUAUGAACUGUUUCUGCGAGUGAAGGGCUCCGUGUCGCUGCACUGGCUCACAGCUCUGCUGCCGUUCUCGCACUGAGACACACGUCAGCUGGACACACGGACAAUGGGCCACGACCGAUUUGCAAUAUUAUCAUGCAUGUGAAACGUCCUCGCACCUUGUCUCUUUUAUCAACGGUAUGUCACAGCAACUGAAUAACAAUGAAUGGAAAAACAAGAUGGCGAUGGCUUCCAGGAUUACAGCUAACCACAGGGUCAACAAAUGUGCAUCUUUUUUAUUUGUGCUUGAGACCAAAAUCUACAAUUUCAGACAACCUUGAACUUCACAUCCACAGACACUGGUUAUCAACAGUAGAAAUAGUUCCAACGACACAGUCUGCAGUGUGGUCAACUGGCCACUUCCUGACGCCCGCUCAUAGGCUUUAUUCAGAAAUACAUAUAUGUAAAUACAUACAUGUAGUCCAGCUGUGUGAGUCACAGGGACCUGGAGUCAUACGGCACAAAAAGAUGACGAGAAGAUAAUGUUCAGGAUUUAAGCAAGAAGUCGUUUCCAGACUUUAAUCAUGACAGACAUACUGUGUUAUGAUGCAGCUGCUGAAGUUACACCAUGGAAGAGUAUCUGCUAGUCCAGGCAUGGGCAAACUAAGGCCCGGGGGCCGGAUGUGGCACGUUCAGCUUUUUAAUCCGGCCCACUAAACUUUUUCAAAUUAUAUAAUUUAUUUAUAUUAUCAUUAUACUUCUGCCUUUUCCC